CAAAGCAGCCAUGGGUACCCCGUUGCUGCUUUGUGUGCUGGGUGCCUUACUCACUUGUCCAUCUAACGCUGGUUGGAUAGGGAAGGAGUUUGCUCUGACAUUCCUGCAGAAUUAUCUUGGAAGUUAUGAUACUCCUCAUCUUCAACUGUACAUCAUGGCAGCUCAGGCCGAUGCUAAAGUGACAGUGCAAGUACCUUCCCUACACUUCAAGGAAGAGAAAACUCUAAAAGCAGGCGAAGCAACAAUCAUCAAACUCCCUGGUGCUGCUGAGUUGGCUGAUAGCAAGAGGUCUUUCAACACUGUGCACAUUGAGGCCUCUGCCAAUGUGGCUGUAAUGUCCCUCAGCUCCAAGAAGAAUACAGCAGACACCUCUGUCAUAUAUCCCAUGUCUGAGUGGGGUACCGAAUACUUUGUAUUCACGCCAACUGGAUCACCCGGCGGAACCUUCAAGGAAUUCUCUGUGAUCAAUGGAAAAGAGAGCAACCAGGUGGUCAUUUCACCACGAGCUUCAAUCCGGUUUGAGGGCCAGGUCUACUCUGCCGGUCGCCAAAUGGUAAUUGAUCUCAAGCCGUAUGAAAACGUGCAACUUCUGAGUGAAGGUGAUCUGUCUGGCACCAAAGUCUCUGCCCAGCAGCCCAUCGCUGUUUUUUCGGGUCAUACUUGCACCUGGGAAUUCUCAAAAUGCAACCAUGUUUAUGAGCAGUUACUGCCAGUGAGCGCCUGGGGCUCCAGCUUCAUGGUUCCUCCCCUGAGCUUCCAGCCCAAAUAUGACAACGUUUAUAUUCAGGCCUCCCAGCCCACCAAAGUCACCAUCAAGAACGGCAUGCAAACUCAAGCUGUGAACUUGAUCAGCGGUCAAAGCAUGGUAGUGAACUACCAUUAUCCUGGAGCGCUGCACAUUGAAGCUGAUCAUGGAAUCCAGGUUCUUCUGCAAUACAAUGGUGUCCGUACCAACCAAGGAAAAAUCUAUGACCCUUUCUUAGUGACCAUUUUGCCCCCGAACCGCUUCUGCUCUUCCUACUCAUUCGAGGCUCUGGCAGGCUAUGAAAACAAAGUCCUGAUUGUUGCACAAACCAGUGCAGUGCCAUUCCUCCACAUGGACAGUAAACCUCUACCAAGCGAUGUCCAGUGGAAGCAGAUUGCAUCAACAGAUUACUCUUGGACAGAGAUGUCCUACACACACACUCCUGGCAACAACAGACACAUUGUAUCCAGCCCUGAGCCAUUUGCACUUUACUCAGUCGGAAUCGGUCACAUGAAUGGCUACGGGGCUCCAGGAAUGUGUUUACAGCCAGGAAGUGGCUCUCUGUCCUGCAGUAACAUCAAAUGCGGUAACAACGAGGUGUGUGAGAUGAAGGAUGGGUCUCCCGUUUGUGCUGGUUCAUCUAAGGCUGGUUGGAUAGGGAAGGAGUUUGCUCUGACAUUCCUGCAGAAUUAUCUUGGAAGUUAUGAUACUCCUCAUCUUCAACUGUACAUCAUGGCAGCUCAGGCCGAUGCUAAAGUGACAGUGCAAGUACCUUCCCUAUACUUCAAGGAAGAGAAAACUCUAAAAGCAGGCGAAGCAACAAUCAUCAAACUCCCUGGUGCUGCUGAGUUGGCUGAUAGCAAGAGGUCUUUCAACACUGUGCACAUUGAGGCCUCUGCCAAUGUGGCUGUAAUGUCCCUCAGCUCCAAGAAGAAUACAGCAGACACCUCUGUCAUAUAUCCCAUGUCUGAGUGGGGUACCGAAUACUUUGUAUUCACGCCAACUGGAUCACCCGGCGGAACCUUCAAGGAAUUCUCUGUGAUCAAUGGAAAAGAGAGCAACCAGGUGGUCAUUUCACCACGAGCUUCAAUCCGGUUCGAGGGCCGGGUCUACUCGGCUGGUCGCCAAAUGGUAAUUGAUCUCAAGCCGUAUGAAAACGUGCAACUUCUGAGUGAAGGUGAUCUGUCUGGCACCGAAGUCUCUGCCCAGCAGCCCAUCGCUGUUUUUUCGGGUCAUACUUGCACCUGGGAAUUCUCAAAAUGCAACCAUGUUUAUGAGCAGUUACUGCCAGUGAGCGCCUGGGGCUCCAGCUUCAUGGUUCCUCCCCUGAGCUUCCAGCCCAAAUAUGACAACGUUUAUAUUCAGGCCUCCCAGCCCACCAAAGUCACCAUCAAGAACGGAAUGCAAACUCAAGCUGUGAACUUGAACAGCGGUCAAAGCAUGGUAGUGAACUACCAUUAUCCUGGAGCGCUGCACAUUGAAGCUGAUCAUGGAAUCCAGGUUCUUCUGCAAUACAAUGGUGUCCGUACCAACCAAGGAAAAAUCUAUGACCCUUUCUUAGUGACCAUUUUGCCCCCGAACCGCUUCUGCUCUUCCUACUCAUUCGAGGCUCUGGCAGGCUAUGAAAACAAAGUCCUGAUUGUUGCGCAAACCAGUGCAGUGCCAUUCCUCCACAUGGACAGUAAACCUCUGCUAAGCGAUGUCCAGUGGAAGCAGAUUGCAUCAACAGAUUACUCUUGGACAGAGAUGUCCUACACACACACUCCUGGCAACAACAGACACAUUGUUUCCAGCCCUGAGCCAUUUGCACUUUACUCAGUCGGAAUCGGUCACAUGAAUGGCUACGGGGCUCCAGGAAUGUGUUUACAGCCAGGAAGUGGUCCUGUAUCCUGCAGUAACGUCAAAUGCGGUAACAACGAGGUGUGUGAGAUGAAGCGUGGGUCUCCCGUUUGUGUGCCCAAGCCCGGAACCUGCUGGGCCAUGGGAGAUCCUCACUAUCGCACCUUUGAUGGGCGACGAUACGACUUCAUGGGCACCUGCACUUACGUCAUUGCUAAAAAAUGUUCUGAGGAUAAAGAUCUAGAAGACUUUGAAGUCCUGGCACAGAAUGAGAACCGAGGAAAUCUCAGGGUCUCAUACGUUGGCCUGGUAAUAGUGAAAGUGUAUGGUAUCACUGUCGGAGUUGUUCGGUCUGAGAGAGGUCGUGUCAGGGUUCACAACAGUGUGUGGACUUUGCCUGCAACAUUGAACGACGGCAAGCUGAAAAUGUUCCAGAGUGGCCGCUCUGUGGUCAUUGAGACUGAAUUUGGUUUGACAGUUCGCUAUGAUUGGGAGCAAAAUCUUCAUGUCACUCUGUGUGGCUGUUACGCUGGGAAGACUUGUGGCCUCUGUGGGAACUUUAAUGGCAAACCUGACGAUGACUUCUCCACGCCCUCUGGCACUCCGGCAAGUACAGUUGCUGCCUUCGGCGGCAGCUGGAAGGUGCCGGGACCGGCGGACAACAAGAAGUGCAAAGAUGACUGUGUGGGUGGGUGUGAGAGUUGUAAACACGGCAUGAUGAAGACAUGGGAGGGGGACUCGUAUUGCGGGCUCAUCAAACUCAAAGAUGGCCCAUUUAGCAAAUGCCAUGCCACCAUUGACCCUCAAGUGUAUGUAGACAACUGUCAAUACGACUUAUGCAUGGGAGGUGGCCUUCGGCAGUUUCUCUGCACUGCGCUGGAGACUUACGCUCAGGCCUGCCAAGUCACUGGGAUCCAGGUUCAAGAUUGGAGGACGAAAGCACGAUGCCCUCCCAAAUGCCCAAGAAACAGCCACUAUGAGCUCUGUGGCAGUGCCUGUCCUGCAACUUGUUCAGACCCUGACGCGCCCUCCAAAUGCAAACGCCCCUGUGUGGAGACCUGCACCUGUGAUGAGGGCUUCGUUUUAAGCGGCGAUAAAUGUAUACCUUCUGCAAAGUGUGGCUGUACUCACGAGGGUCGGUACAUACCUGCUGGAGAGACCUUCUGGGCUGACAACGACUGCAAGCGACUCUGCAAAUGUGUUGGUGAAAGCAGACGUGUCGAGUGCCAGGACAAAGGCUGUGGAGCAGAGCAGAAGUGCCAGGUGGUUGAUGGCAUCAGAAAGUGCCAAGCGUUGUCUUUCAGCACCUGCAAAGGCACAGGCGAUCCCCAUUACGUGACAUUUGACAAGGCAAAGUUUGAUUUCCAAGGCACAUGUGUGUACAAACUAGCUGCACUUUGCUCUGAGAACCCAGAUUUGGUGCCCUUUGAAGUCUUGGUGCAAAAUGAACAUCGGAACAGCAAGGUGGUUGCCUUUACCAAGUUAGUGGAGGUGAAGGUGUACUCCACCAGCAUUAUCAUAACUAAGACUCACCGAGGUCUGAUUUUGGUGAAUUAUGAGCUGGAAAAUCUGCCAGUAACACUGAAUGAUGGAAAGAUCAAUGUGUUUAAAAACGGCUUUUACGCUGUUGUCACCACAGACUUCGGUCUGAAAGUCACCUUCAACUGGGGCACUGCUGUGUUUGUAACGAUACCGAGCAACUACAAGGGAGCUGUUUGCGGCCUUUGCGGCAACUACAAUGGCGAUAAAAAAGACGACCUCAUCCCAAAGAACGGCGACAAACCCGUCUCAGGAGAAGAUUUUGGUGCCAGCUGGCGAGUGUCUGAGAUCCCGGGCUGUAUCGAAGGCUGCAAAGGGGCGUGUCCAGACUGUGACGCGCAUGAGAAAGUUAAAUAUGAAGGGAAAGAUUUUUGUGGGAUAUUAACUGACCCCAAAGGCCCGUUCCGUGACUGCCAUGCAAAGAUUGACCCGGCCGCCUUCUUUGAAGACUGUGUUUAUGACGUCUGCUUAUACAGAGGCAGAAGGAACAUUCUGUGUGAGGCUAUUGCAGCAUACACAUCUGCCUGCCAGGAUGAAGGACAUGAAGUGUACAACUGGCGAUCCAGUGAAUUCUGUGCUGUGAAAUGCCCGGCCAACAGCCAUUAUGAAAUUUGUCCAACUGGCUGUCCAGCCACUUGCAAGACUCUGGCUCCUCCUCGGGGCUGCUCCGCUCGCUGUCAGGAGGGCUGCGUCUGCGAUGAAGACCACAUCCUCAGUGGAAAUCUCUGCGUUCCCUUCUCACAUUGCGGAUGCCUCUACAACGAUCGAUACUACACUGUCGGCCAAACAUUUUUUCCCAAUGGAAAGUGUGAAGAGGAAUGCAAGUGUACACAGGGUGGAGAGGUUGCGUGCAAGACGUUUACAUGUGGCCCGAAUGAGGAGUGUAAAAUAGCAGAUGGAAUCCAAAAGUGUCACCCUAAGGGAAAAGGUGUAUGUGUGGCCUCUGGCGACCCCCAUUACACAUCGCUCGAUGGGCGUAAAUUUGAUUUCCAGGGCACUUGCACCUACACGCUCUCAAAAAGCAGUGGGCUGGAAGGCACCCGGCUGAUCCCCUUCACUGUUACAGUGGAGAACACGCCGUGGGAGAGAAACAAGAGGGUGUCUGUCACCAAACUGGUUGCUGUGGAGGUUUACAACCUUACUCUCACUUUGAGUUUCAAAACGCCUGGAGUGCUGGUGAAUGGACUCCUUAAUCAACUUCCCUUCAGUCAUAACAACGGAGAAGUGCAGAUCUAUCAAGAAGGCAGAAAUUAUGUUAUUUCCACAAACUUCGGGCUGCGUGUCACCUACGACCUGAUCUACCAUGUGACAGUCACUGUACCUGGCAAUUACCGCGAAAAAGUCUCCGGCCUGUGUGGCAACUUCAACGGGGACCAAAAAGAUGACUUCCUGAUGCCAAAUAAUAAGAUCGCCACCGGCGUCAACGAGUUCGGAAAAUCGUGGAAGGUCACUAUUCCCAGCGUGGUGUGUGAGGAUGGCUGUGAAGGAAAGAACUGUCCCGAUUGUGACGCAACACGCCGAGCUGCAUUUUCACAGAACAGCUAUUGUGGCAUCAUCUCAGCACCCAACGGUCCUUUUGCGGCUUGCCACAGUAAACUGGACCCACAGCCGUAUUUUGACGACUGCGUGUUUGAUGUGUGCGCUUCUAACGGAGACAGCAAGAUACUCUGCGACAGCGUGGCUGCGUACGCCUUCAACUGUCACCUGGCAGGAGUGGAUGUCAACAGCUGGAGGACGCCUGCGUUCUGCCCCAUGACGUGCCCCGCCAACAGCCAUUACGACGUGUGCGCUCGGCCCUGCGCCGACUCCUGUCCCGGCCUCUCAGACGUCGUUGCGUGCCCUGACAAAUGCACUGAAGGCUGCGAAUGCAAUGCAGGCUUUAUAUUCAAUGGACAGACGUGCCUGAAAGAGACUGAGUGCGGCUGCUAUGAUAACGGGAGAACUUACAAGCCUGGUGAAGUUGUGUUUGGGGAAGACUGCAGAAAGAAGUGCACCUGUGAUCCAAGGAAGGGCGUUGUCUGCGAAGAGCACACCUGUCCCCAAAAUACCAAGUGCAUGGUCAAGAAUGGAAUCAGAGCAUGUUACAACGCAGAUCCUUGUAAAGAUGCCAACUGUCGAGUGAAGGAGAAAUGUGUUGUUCAGGAAGGCAGAGCUGUGUGCAUACCGCUGUACAUAGGCAAAUGCUGGGCCUGGGGAGACCCCCACUACCACACAUUUGAUGGCCACAAUUAUGACUUCCAGGGAACCUGCAAGUAUGUCAUCUCAAAGACCUCUGGAAAGCUGGGUGGUUUAGUCCCAUUUUCAAUCACUGAGAGAAAUGAUAACCGUGGAAAUACAGUCGUUUCAUAUGUGAGGGAGGUGCACGUUUCUGUGUAUGAUUACACCAUCACCAUCCAAAAGAAUCAAGUGGGCCACGUCACAGUGAACGAAGAGCUGUUGAGUCUUCCCGUCACGCUUGCCGAUGGUAAAGUGUCCGUAUCUCAAAGGGGGAACACCGCACAGGUGGAGACGGAUUUUGGCCUGAUCGUCACCUACGACUGGAACUGGCAUCUUAUAAUCAAGCUUCCCAGCAGUUACCACGGCCUUGUCGCUGGUCUGUGUGGCAACUUCAAUGGCAAAAAAGAUGAUGAACUCCAAAAUCCAGCUGGCGAGCCAGUGUCCUCAGUGGCGGAGUGGGGUAAGAGCUGGCGAACGCCAGAUCAGGACGGUGACAAGCGUUGUUCGGAUGCGUGUGAGAAAGACUGCCCCUCCUGUGACAAAGAUAGUCGUAAGCUCUAUGAGAGUGAAGCUUUCUGUGGAGCGUUUAAUGACAAGAAGCUCAAGAAAUGUCAUAAGAAAGUUGACCCACAGCCCUUCAUGGAAAACUGCCUGUAUGACAUGUGUCUUACGAAGGGAGACAGAAAGAUGCUGUGUGAGGCAUUAGCCUCCUACGUCGAGCAGUGUCGCGAGGAAGGAAAAAUGAUCAAGAAGUGGAGGAAAAAGUUUAGCUGUCCAGUGAACUGUCAGCGCCACAGCCAUUACGAAGCGUGCGCCAGCCCGUGCCAACCGUCCUGCCCAUUUCCUGAGGAAAAGCAAAUCUGCAGCGCCGUCUGCGUGGAGGCCUGUGUUUGUGACGACGGUUACGUCCUCAGUGCUGGUGUCUGUGUGCCCAUGAAAACAUGCGGCUGCUCUUAUCAGGGCCGCUACUACAAGCCAGGCCAGCGCUUCUGGGCUGAUGAGGCCUGCACCCGUCUGUGUGAGUGUGACACAACCCGGGGCACGGUGACGUGCCGCGAGGCCUCCUGCUCUGCCAAAGAGACGUGCACCCUGGUGGACGGAUGGCGAGCCUGCCGACCCGUCAGUCACGCCACUUGCAUAGCCUCGGGCGACCCCCACUACCGCACUUUCGAUAACCUCAGGUUUGACUUCCAAGGCACAUGUGUCUAUCAGCUGGUGCGGCUGUGCUCUCAGAAGCCCGGGCUGGUACCGUUCGAGGUGACUGUGCAAAAUGACAAUCGUGGAAACAAGGCCGUGUCUUACACAAAGACUGUCAAAUUCUCCAUCUAUAAUGCUACCCUCACCAUCAGCAAAGAAGCCCCUGGCCAAGUCUUGCUCAAUGGAGAGCUUGUUUCAUUGCCUCUGGAUUACAAUAAUGAGCUGGUUGCGUUCCUCAGCAGCCGAGCAGCUGUGGUGAAGACUGUUGCUGGUAUCGUUGUGAGCUUUGACUGGCACAGUAAAGUGAGAGUCACUCUGCCCAGCACCUACCAGGAUGCAGUUUGCGGUCUGUGCGGCAACUACAACGGAGAAGCUCAGGAUGAUCUGACCAUGAAAAAUGGCCAGAAAGCCCCGAACGGAGCCAAGCUGGGGGAGAGCUGGAAGGUGGCCGAAGUACCAGGCUGCUCACCAGCUUGCGAAGGGGAGAAGUGCAAGUCCUGUUCAGAGUCCCAGAGGAAAGUGUAUGAAAGCAAUGAGCACUGUGGCAUUAUUGGUGACAAAGCAGGGCCUUUCAGAGACUGUCACAAGAAGGUGGACCCGACUCCUUUCAUAGAAGACUGUGUUUUUGAUGUCUGCCUAUAUAACGGACGCCGUGGAACCCUCUGUGACGCUGUGGAAUUAUAUGUCUCUGCCUGUCAGAGCGAAGGAAUUAACAUUCACAACUGGAGAACUAAUGACUUCUGCCCGAUGGCCUGUCCCGCUAACAGCCAUUACUCCAUGUGUGCUACGACCUGCCCCGCUACCUGUGCCGGUUUUAACGCCGGUUCCAGCUGCCGUGCGCCUUGUGCAGAGGCCUGCGUGUGUGAUGAGGGUCACCUGCUGAGUGGGCAUACCUGCGUUCCUGAGAGAGACUGUGGAUGCUCCUACAAUGGCAAAUACUAUAAGAAAGGGGACGUCUCCUACCCUGACGACGACUGUAAGGAGCGAUGCGUCUGUGAAGAGAACGGAGUUAUGUCAUGCAAAAAGAACAAAUGCCGUCGUGGGGAAAUCUGCAAGCUUUUAAAUGGAGUGAAAGGCUGCCACCCAGAGGGCCAAGCAAAGUGUGUGGCCUCUGGUGACCCUCAUUACACUUCCUUUGAUGGCCAAAAGUUUGAUUUCCAGGGGACUUGUGUCUAUGUAUUGGCCAAGGUUUGUGACGACGACAAAGGCCGCCUGACACCAUUCACUGUCACUCAGGGCAACGAGAAGUAUGGAAACGGAAAAGUGGCUGUGACCAAGUUAGUUGGAGUUUCAGUCUAUGAUUACGAAAUUUACAUCCAACAGAAACAGCCUUGGAAAGUCAUUGUGGACGACGAACUUUUGAACCUUCCUUUGUUCCUGAACGACGGGCGGGUGAGAGUUACCCAAGAGGGUCGCAACAUAAUUGUUCGGACAGACUUCGGCCUGACGGUGCUCUAUGACACCGUCUACUACGUGGAGGUCAUCGUUCCUUCUACCUACCAGCGAAAGAUGUGUGGUCUCUGUGGCAACUACAACAACAAAAACAAGGAUGAUUACAGGCUUCCCAGUGGCAAGAAGACAACAAACAUUGAUGAGUUUGGGAAUGCGUGGGCGGUGGACAAGCCUGGGAAUGAGUGUGGCGGCUGUGGAGAACAAUGCCCAGAGUGUGAGCCGGCCAAGGCCGCUUUGUAUAGAAAACCCGACUCAUGUGGGAUCAUCAGUGCACCGAAUGGGCCUUUCAAAGCGUGCCACAGCAAAGUUGACCCAGCAGCAUAUGUGUCUGAUUGCGUGUAUGAUGUUUGUGCUCUGGGUGGCAACAGCGAAACUCUGUGUAACAGUGUGCAAGCCUACGCUUUGGCCUGCCAGCAUGAGGGAGUUCAAAUCCAGACGUGGAGGAGCACCUCAUUCUGCCCUCUCUCCUGUCCUCCAAAGAGUCACUAUGAGGUCUGUGCUAACACCUGUGGCGCCACAUGUGCCAGCCUCACGAACCCAGUUGCUUGUUCAAAAAGCUGCUUUGAAGGAUGCGAAUGUGAUGAAGGACUUGUUUCAAAUGGACAACAGUGUGUUACAGUAGACCAAUGUGGAUGUGGGCACAAUGGCCAAUAUUUGAAGGUGGGCGAAACAGUGGUGGACAAAGACUGCACGUCUCAAUGUUCGUGCCAGCCCUCAGGGGAGGUGAAGUGUAAGAAACUGUCCUGUGGCAGCAAGGAGGUGUGCAGUGUCAAAGAUGGGGUCAGAGGUUGCCACGUGGCAGAGGGUCGGUGCACCGUCGAUCAGGCUGGACGCCUGAGCUCCUUCGACGGUCUGUCUGGAGCGACGGGAGCACACGGAGCCUUUGAAGUGGCAUCUCUGUGUGACGAGGGCUCUGAUCUUUGGUUCCGCGUGGUCGUGGACGUCAGGGCCUGUCUCGCAGGGGCGCCUCCCGCUGCGGCCACUUUGUAUGUGUUCUUCAAGGAAGGAACUGUGACAGUGAACAACGAGCACGUGGUCUGGGUAAACGGCAUGAAAGCCUGUCUUCCCGCCAAAUUGCCAAAUAAAGUAAAGGUUCGAACCUUGAAUAACACUGUGAUCAUUGAGAGGAAGUCCGUCAUGCGAGUCACCUACUCCGCCUCACAGGAGGUCAAUGUCAGUAUUGACAAACUCCUGGCUGGUAAGACGUGCGGCCCCUGCGGGAACGCCAAUAACGACGUCAAGGAUGACCUGAAGACGGCAGAUGGGACGACUGCGGCUGAUGUGGCUGAAGUCGUCGCCUCCUGGCGUGCAAAAGAUUUUUCCAGAUGUGGCCUGAAGUGAAGUUGGUUGACAGAAGCAUCUGAACUACAGGAUGAAGAAUGACGCUCGCUCCAGUCCUACUCAUCACGCUUCAACUUCGUCCUCUUGAUUUAAUCAAAUGGGUUUUGGUGGUUUCCUGGCGAUCUGGUCUUCUAUUGUUCACCUCAGUUGCAGUCAGAAGCCGGUUGCUCUAUCUUGACCAACAUCUCCAUCUAGUGGAGGAGAAACUAAAAUCUGGGUAACCAGUCUCAGCACUUACCUAUCGUGUUCUUCAAAUAUGUUAAAUGGUAAAUAUGCUGUUACUGUUCUGACUACUAAAUAAACACUCUUCUCAUUACAGUA